AUGACCAGCCUUGUCGAACGCUUCAAAAACUUGGUUUACCAUGCUGCGACGGAAGCAAAGCACGAGAGCGAGUCUGAGGCCCAUCAGAUCUUCCGUGAUACCGCAGGGCACAAGUCCAGGGGUCUCCUACCACAGACUAUCAACCCUGAUGAGGAAACCGUUCCAGGCAUUGAGCACCCGGGGAGCACGGGCGUAAUCUACUGCUCGGACCGUGCCAUAGCCAACGGCUUUUCUUACACCAACGCGCACGAGUGGGCCAAUCUUGGACAAGGUGCCCCAGAGGUUGGUGAUAUCCCCGGCGCGGGACCUCGCCCGACAAACAUCCAGUUUCCGGUCGACGCGAACGAGUACGCGCCCACGACUGGUGUCAGGGAGCUCCGCGAGGCCGUUGCCAAGCUCUACAACCACGAACAUCGCCAGGGUAAGGCGAGCCAGUACACGUACGAAAACGUCUGCAUCGUCCCAGGUGGACGUGCUGGCCUCUCUCGCGUGGCCGCCGUCAUUGGCAGUGUCUAUACCUCCUACCAGAUACCCGACUAUACCGCCUACGACCAGAUGCUCGGCGCGUUCAAGAAGCUUGUACCAGUGCCGACCGCGUUAGAGGCUGAAAACAAGUACCGCCUAGACAUAGGUCAGCUCGCCAAGGACAUCCAUAAGCAGGGCCUUCAAGUCGUUCUCGCGUCAAACCCACGCAACCCCACUGGGCAGGUUGUCCGAGGCAAGGAGCUGAAGGAGCUUGUAGAUUUGUCCCGCGAUACAUCCACGACGCUCAUCCUGGACGAGUUCUAUUCUUGGUACAUCUUCCCUGAGCACGAGUCUGAAUUUGGAAAUACGGUUUCCUCCGCCGAAUAUAUCGAAGACGUGAACACGGCAAGUUUUGUGGUUCUACUCGGCCUUAACUGGCGCCUUCCCGGCUGGCGUAUUUGCUGGGUUGUCGGGCCGAAGAACCUCAUCUCUGCGCUGUCGCAGUCGGGCUCCUUCCUCGACGGCGGCGCCAGCCACCCACUGCAGCUCGCUGCCAUCCCGCUACUCGAGCCGAACUACGUCGCGACCGAGCGCAUCGCGCUGCAGAGGCACUUCAAGGCGAAGCGCGACCACGUCCUGAGCCGUCUCGCGAAGCUCGGGCUACCGGUCGCCGUGCCGCCCGAGGCGACGUUCUACAUCUGGCUGGACCUCGAGGGCCUGCCGGCGCCGCUCAACAACGGGCUCACGUUCUUCGAGGAGCUCCUCAAGGAGAAGUGCAUCGCCGUCCCCGGCAUCUUCUUCGACAUCAACCCCGCGCAUCGCCGGAACCUGUUCUCGUCGCCGUGCCACCACUUCAUCCGCAUCUCGUGCGGACCGCCACUCGAUAACCUUGACAUGGGUCUCGAUGCGAUCGCGCGCGUGCUCGAGCGUGUCGACAAGGAGGGCCUGAGCGGAUUCGGGCAUGGGUACGAGACGAGUGCGACUUAGUGUGAUGAACAUUACGUAUGCAAGCGCGUAAGACUCGCAAUUUCUUAGAAAUGAAGCGCAACACCAUCUGUACAAUAGAAUCGGAUUGCUGAAACAAUGUACGUAGAUACAAGAUGUAACAAUACUGACCUGAAUACACGGUGUCUACUCGUGGCUUGCAGGC